UGGAGGUGAUUUUAGACAGAUUUUGCCAGUUGUGCGUAAAGGUUCAAGAUCCUCCAUAAUUAAUGCAUCCAUUACAAACUCUAGACUCUGGCAGCAUGUUUCUGUUCUCAAACUGCAAACAAAUAUGCGACUUCUUAAUCCCUCUCUAAGAGGGAAUGAGCGUGAGGAACUUGAACAAUUUAGCAAUUGGGUUUUAGACAUAGGUGAUGGUAAUGUACCUGCUCAAAGAAAAGGCGAGGAGCGUGAGGCCUCAUGGAUUACAAUUCCUGAUGAUUUGCUCAUUCAUACUGAUGGAGAUAAAAUUAUUGCACUUGUGUCCGAAGUUUAUCCAAAUCUCUUGGUGAAUUACAAGAACCCUGAAUAUUUAGCCUCACGUGCAAUUGUCUGUCCAAAUAAUCAAACUGUUGAUGAGAUAAAUGAGUAUAUUGUAUCAAUGCUUCCUGGAGAAAGUGUAGACUACCUAAGCUGUGACACAAUUUCAAAAUCCUCUGAACACAUACCAGAUUUUGAUAUACUCUACCCUACAGAAUUCCUAAAUUCUAUUGAUGCAAGCAAUUUUCCUUGCCAUAAGAUUGUGCUAAAAAAGGGUGUUAUAGUAAUGCUUUUACGCAAUAUUAAUCAAAACAUGGGCCUCUGUAAUGGUACACGAUUACUUGUUCUUGAACUUGGGCAGCGAAUACUUAAGUGCAUAGUGCUAACUGGUGCUAAUAUUGGAGACGAGGUUUUGGUACCAAGGAUUGCGCUUAAUACAACAGAUGUAAAGUGGCCUUUUACACUGCAAAGAAGACAAUUUCCGGUACGAAUAUGUUAUGCAAUGACGAUAAAUAAAAGUCAAGGACAAACCUUAUCAAAGGUUGGCCUUUACCUAAAAAAACCUGUGUUUACCCAUGGCCAACUUUAUGUUGCUGUCUCAAGAUGUACAUCUAGAAGUGGCCUUAAAGUCCUAAUCGAAAAUGAUGAUGGCUCAUGCGGCUCAGAAACUCGAAAUGUGGUCUAUAAAGAAGUCCUUGAUGCUGCUAAUGCAGCAUCAGCUUAGGGCUUAUGGACAAUAUCUUUUCAAAUGUACAUACAUUUGUUCUGCUCAUGUGUUUUAAAAUUAUUAGCUAUUCAUUUUCUUUGAUUUUUGCGAUCUAUAUCUGUUGACCAGUCCUGCUGCUUAUGAUAUCUUUUGACCUAAGGUGCCCCUCUUCUUAGCCUAAUCAACUUUAUAAGCUAUGGUAUAUUCUUAACUUCUUUUGAAAAUUGAGUUGAACUUGUACCUUUUUACUUUCCUUGCAGAUGGGAGAUGUGCUGAUUCCAAGUCUCAUGACCGGUGAUUGCAAUGAUAGCAUAUGUGUACGUGCUUCUAGGUUUUGGGAAUUUUAUGAUCUGAAUGAAGAGACAAAGCUGCUGCACGCUGAUCUUGUGCUAAUUGAUGAAGAGGGUAACAGCAUACAUGCGCAGAUCUACCCCAAUGCAUUUCAGCGGUUCAAAACUUUGAUAAAAGAAGGCAAUGUCUACAAUCUUGCUUGUUUUCGGGUCAGGAAAUCAAAUGACAGGUACAAACCAGUAACAAAUGAAAGCAUGAUCACCUUAUCAACGUGGACUACAGUUGAAGAAGUUGUUGAAAUUCCACAUGCUUUUCCUAUGUUCACCUACUCCCUGACUCCAAUAGAGCAACUGCCAUCUCGUGUGGACUACCCAGAAUACUUCACAGAUGUCAUUGGAAUAGUCACAACAAUCUCGAAUAUCAUGUCACUAAGAGCAAGAGGAAGACAAAAUGAUAGUUUGAAGAGGGUUGUCACCAUAUGCAAUGAAAGUAAUGUUUCAGUAGAUGUUGUGCUAUGGGGUGAGCGCGCCUCUUCUUUCCCAGC